AUGACAAUUGAAUUGGAUGGUCGACGAAAACAAUUGUUGGAGCUAAACUUGAAAACCUGGAAUAAUGAGUAUUCGUGUCCUGUUGCCGCCAAGUUAGACUCAUCGUUGAAAAAGAAUACAGCAUUCAUUAAAAAGAUCAAGACUAGUUUAAACUCCGAGCAGUCGGCAAAUGUACUAGCUGAUAUUCAAACUUUGACUAUUGAAAAGUAUUUAUCUGAAGUCAUUGUUUCACUAGUGGAUGGCUUGACAAAAGUUUCAAAGAAUGAUGAAAUUGUUGCUUCUGUGGAAAUCGUGUCGGCUUUGCAUCAGCGGUUUGGGUCCAUUUUCACGGGAGUCAUGAUGAAUCAGGUAUUGGCUCUUAUUGUGAAUUCAAGGGACGAGGAGGAUGCAAAAGGUCUCACUCAAAACGUAUCCCGCCAAAAGAAUCUCUUACGUUUAGUUGGCGAGUUUUACGCUACAGGGGUUAUAAGAACCGCUAACGAUAUUUGGGAAUAUAUUGACCAAAGGAUAGUCAAAUUGUUUGCAUUGGAUAAAAAACGAAAUGAGCCGUUUAUAACGUUACUUUUGAAGUACUUGUUGAACUUUGAUCUUGAACAGGGAAGAUGUCUUAAUUUAGUCCUGUCUUUUCUAAAGCGCUUUCGUCAUUUUAUUUUUGACCCGUCAAACGAUAUUCUUAGUGCCGAAGUGAAGCAUGUGUUGAAACAAAUAUUCAUUAUAUAUACAGAAGCUAUCAUUGAAGUCACCUUGACUUUGAAACAAAAAGUUGAAAAGCUCGAGACUAGAAAUAAAAAAGUUUCAAUAAGAACAGGUAGAAUUCAAGAAAGCGAACAGUUGGAGCUCCAGCAAACCCGCAACUUGUUUGAAAAUUUCAAAGCAACUGUGGAGUUUUUAUCCCCCAUGGUGAAUAUCGCCUUGCCAGAGCUAUUGUAUGUAAACGAGAAAGAUAAAGAAAAUGAGGAGGUGGAGGAAAACACUAUAGAAGUUGUUAAACAGAAAGCGAUUGAGGAUGAUGUAAAUGGUGUUUGGCAGGAUGCCAAAGAGAAAGCAUUUUACACUGUAAUUCCUCUGUUGGAAGAGCUUAUAGAAACUUACGACAAAAGCCAUGAUGGUGGCGGCGACACGAGUGUUGCUCAAUCUUCUGGAGAGAAAAUUCAAAAGUUUUUGGAAAAGUUGGAGGAUGUUAGGUCCAACGACUUGGACCAGUUGGUUGUGGAAUAUUAUCAUUUGAACUUGAAUAACAAGGCGACUAAAAACAGGAUCAUGAAGUUCUUUUUUGAAACGUCAAAUUUGAACAAUUUGAAGUAUUACACAAGGUUUCUCAAGAUCAACGAGCACUACCUACCGGAUUUGAUUGAGGAGUUGAUCACUUACUUGGAUAAAGGGUUCCGGUCUCAAAUCUAUCACGAUAAGCUCAAUGUAAAGAAUAUAUUAUUUUUUGUUGAGUUUAUUAAAUUCAAAUUGAUACCUGUUCAUGUUAUUUUCCACAAGAUUCGAAGCUUAACAAUGAAUAUAGCUUCAACCAACAAUAUUGAAAUAUUAUCGGUAUUCUACGACAAUGUGGGAAGGUUCUUGUUGAAUGAGCCAGAGUAUAAGAAUUUGAUGAAGGAAAUGAUUGAUUUGUUAAGAGAGAAACUGAAACAAUCGAAUCUCAAAGUAAAUGACAAAUUGGCCAUCAAAAGCCUUCUCAUUACUGUUGAACCACCAGCCGCAAAAAUUCAACGAGAUGUAAUUAAACUUUCACCUCAACUGCAAUUCAUUAUCAGAUUGAUUAGAUCCGAGUUGGAAAACAAAACAUUGCCACUUGUUGCACAACUUUUGAAGAAAGUAGUUGCUGAUAUUAGCAAGGAAGGAUUUGAAGUGUUGCUAGACUGUUUUGCUCGUCCCGACUUGCUCAAUUAUGAUAAUAUCCCUGCACUAGCUAGGCUCUUGCAAAUAUUUGCUGAAAAAGAAAGGAAAGUGAUUGUUUUUACAGUUGACACUAUUGUUGAGAAUAUCACGAGAGGGUUAGAAUUGAAUGAUUUUAGAAUGAACCGAGCUAGGAUGUCGCAGGUCAAAUAUAUGGCGGAGUUGUACAAUAGCAGAAUUAUUAAUUUCAAGUUGAUUAAUGAUAUUUUGUAUCGUAUUUUGUCCUAUGGCCAUCCACAAAACCACCCUUUGCCUAACAACUGGAAUGUGGAAAUUGACUUGCCUAAGAAUUAUUUUAGGAUCCAGAUGUGCUGCUUAAUGUUGCUAUCUUUGGAUUCGAUAAAAGUUGACACCGUAAUGAUUAAGAAAAAAACGCAGAAGAGAGCUUAUGAAUCAAAGAAGAGAGAAGAGGUGAAUAUGAACCUCCUUGGUGUUUUUGUUACUUUUUUUCAAUACUAUUUAUACUGCAAAGAGCGUCCGUUUCCAAUCGAUGUGACGUUCAAGCUAGACGAUGUGUUCAAAAAGUACGAGAGUGUGCCAACCGUUGUAAGAUACCAGUCAAUCAAGGAAAUUGUGGAAAGGUUGGCUGAACUGGUGCAGACCAAAGAAGAUGCAGAAACAUUUUUGGAUAACAAUGAAGAGGCGAUGGAGCCAUCGUUUGAUGGUAAUGAGAUGAACUCAGAAAGCACAGAUGAGGAUGAAGACGAAGACGAAGACAAUGAUGACGAGGACGAGGAUGACGACGAGGAUGACGACGAGGAUGACGAGGAUGAUGAUGAGGAUGACGACGAGGAUGACGAGGAUGAUGAUGACGAUGAUGAUGACGAUGAUGACGAAGAGGAUGAAGAGGAUGAAGAGGAUGAAGAGGAUGAGGAUGAUGAGGAUGAAGAGGAAGAAGAAACAGUUGAACCUCUAUCAGAGGCUGAUAGAGCUAUGUUAGAGGCGGAAAAGAAGUUUCAAGAUGAUUUAGAUCGAGAAUUUCAAAGAAUCAUGAUUGAUUCGUAUGGCUCGUCGGCUCAACACCAAGAUCGAUCAGCAACAACAAGAAAAACCUUACCUCUUCCAAGUCAGGUACUAACUGAUGAGAAACCAUCUAAUCCUCUUCCUACUAACUCGGGCAACAAAGUAUCCUUUAGUUUACUUAAUAAGAAUGGUAAAACCCACACUAUCAAACAAUUGAAUUUACCAGCAGACAAUAAAUUUGCUGAAUCCGUUCUAAGGGAACAGGAAAACCGAAGACAAGAUAGAAAGAGAAUUAUGAAAUUGGCAUCACAGAUGGAGGAUUAA